AUGGCCUCUCUCGAAGUCACGGUCAUAGGCGUUGCAUCACGCGCGUCUUUCAUGGCGUUGCCUUCGGAGACUCUCACCAUGGUUCUGUCAUAUCUGGAUUUUGAGUCUCUUAAAGCGGUCGCCCUUGUGUGUACCGGUAUUCGAGGUAUGGCGGCUCGUCUGUUGUACCGCUAUUUAGUUAUACGGUGGAAUAGGAGUGUGGGAUUUCCUGUCGCGCGCUUUGAGGCUCUUCUUACAUCAUCCGAUUAUGCCCUCAGUAACAUCAAAAGGAUUGACGUAAUUCAAGACACUGAGGAGAAUCAAGCCGGUGCCACCCGACUGGUUCCACCGGCUGGCCUGAAGCCGGGCGAGGACCUCCUCCUUAGGUUGCUGUUAUGGAGGUUGAAACCAAAUCAACUCAGAAGUAUUAGCCUCUCCUCGGUAGAGGGAGUUGGGGCUGAUACUGCAGCAUUGUUAUUCAAGAAUCAAAGAAACCUAACCCAAUUAGAUUUGUCGAUCAUGAACGAAGUUGUCGACAUCUUGCCGUUCGCGUUCAAAAUCAACAACCUCGAAUCGUUCGGCUUCCAUCUUGGAGAAAAAGAGGUCGCUGUAUCCAGGGCCUUCGCAUUUAUGUAUCACGUGCUGAAACGAAACUGCGAUACCAUAAAAAGCCUAUACCUCUCAUUUAAUGAGAAGAGCGAACUCUAUAAGGAAUUGGAAAGAGAUUCGUCGACUAGUGUGAAUACUCAAAACCAAUACGACAGCGCUACCGCUCAGAUCCUAAGAUUGUUUGUUGGGGACCCGAGGAGCGAAGGCGAUUUGAUACACUUUCGAGCGCUUCGUCAACUGCGAUUGCAGCGGCUCCCCAGCUUCGGGGCGAUAUUUAGUAUGGGAGGGCCAACUCUUACUGAGCGACUCAAUCUCAACAAUAUAGUUCUUAUUCGAAUAGAUCAUUGCAAUGGCGCGGAUCCCCUGAUAAGGGAUAUUGCUGGGAAGGUACCACACAUUCGUGUUCUUCAGCUAAUCCAUUCCUGUGAAUGGGCAACGAUAGAGUCAGUGCUGGCAGAGUUACCUCCUUUGGAAGUACUACACGUCAAAUUCACAGAUGGCAAAGCUCUUGGGUCCCAGAUCAACCUCAACAUCUUCGACCGACACAGAGACAGUGUUCGAAGUAUGUGGCUGGAGUGCCUAUCGCCUGACUCCGAUGUCCGAGCUUACACUAUAAUAUGCAUAAUUCAACUUUUCAAAGCUGGCACUCGUUAUCAGACAUGGCCGAAGCUGAAAGAGCUCGCUUUACAAACCGAUGAUUACGGCUUCAUGGGCCCGUAUUUCAGCACACUACGAUACAUCCGUAUACUUCCAACCCGUGCUCGGCAAAUUCGAAACCUCACAUCUGAGAAAGAAGCUGCUAUUAGGAACUGCGACAGGUAUUUGCAGUUGGCUUAUGGCUUACAAAAAAGGAUCCCGACCUUGGAGGUGAUUGCAGUCACGGCAUCAAAUGGCCUUAAUUCCGGUCCCGCGCAGGUAUAUUACUUUGUGGUAGAAUUUGUCCGGACGAAGCUAGGCAACUAUGCGCCGGUUGUAUCAACAGCAAAUGCCCACCAGAUCCGAACCCUUUUCAAGGGAUUGGAUUUAAUGGAGUUCGAGAGGGGUGAGAGAAUUUGGAGUGAUGUUGACGGUGAAAUGCUAGCUUAG